AAGGGUAGGGAGGGGCGAGAGGGGAAGAAAAGAGUGAGAGAAGCGGAGGAAGGGGAACGGCUGUAAGAGCGGUGAAAUAUCAAAGCCGGGAUGGGAGCUGUCAUCGUCGGGCCAACAUCAUGGGUGGCGUGUUGAAUUAGAAUGCCUUCCCACACCCCACGCAGGGCUGAACCCCACCGCGUUAUCCCCACCAGCUUUCCCACUCCGCGUUCCCUCCAUUGCUGCGAGCGUCGACUGCGUUCCCCCUCUAUCCCUAGCAAGACCUCACUUGGUCCAGGAGUGGGGGCACUCAGCGCAUACAUACACAGGUUAUGCACCCUCUUUAACGGUGGUGGGGAUAGAAGUGACCUUCCAAAGCGCCGCGAGACGGCGUUAGGAGCUUCGAGUGCUCCCUUCGACGAGGAUUCGCUCGACGGCCUCAGCAUUAUUUUCCUGGAUUUUCUACUGUGAACGUCGCUCGCGUUUAAGUCUUAUAUUCGCGUCACAGAGAAAGAGAGAGAUAGAGCUACUAAGCUAGGGAGAGACAGAGAGAAAGAGAGAGAGGAUCGAUCGACGGGCCACCGUAUUCCGAUUAUACGGUGAGCGCACGUCCGCCGACCGAUUAGGGAGAACAGUUUUAUUCUGUUCAACUACUCUUCCUUACUUCCAUCGUUUUUUUUUCUUGGGCCUUUUAUUUACCCAAGUGUGAUAUUUGUGUGAUUUAGUGCAGUGAAUUUGUCUUUACGAAAAGUGCUUAACCCAAAUGGUUGUGCUCGAGGAAGGCGGUAUGCUGUCUACCGGACACAAUCAGUACUUACAGCCGGAUUAUCUUUCUCCGCUUUCAACCACGUUGGAUGCGAAGAAAAGUCCUUUGGCACUCUUGGCACAAACAUGCAGUCAAAUAGGCGCGGACUCGCCGACGAAACCCUUGGUUUCACCGUUGGAAAAAAAUACAUCGAAAAGUAGCAACAUCGGUGGUUCAAACGCAAAGUCUCCGCCUGCGGCUAAAUUGGAACGAAGCACUCGAGGCAGUCCGUCGGACAAUAAAACUUUAGCGUUCAAACCGUACGAGACGAACGUAGUCACAAGGAAGAGUACGUCGAGUCAAGACGAAGGGAGGCCUACGUCAAAGGCUAGCGUGCACAGCGUAGGUGGCCAAGAAAAUGGAUUAGAAAAUAUGAGCUCUAACAAUAAUAAUAACAACAAUAACAAUACUGGUGGAAAUCUGAACGAGAAGAAGUCAACAUCGUCAUCGUCGUCGGGUAGUCGAACUCCCGUCGGUAGAAAAUCAGCCUCGCCGUCGAGUCAAGCGACGGUAGGUUCUUCGAGCAGCAGCAGCAGCAGUAGCAGCAGUAGCAGCAGUGUUCUUUCUGCAUCCGAUCGCAAAACACCUGGGGAUCGUGAAAAAACCGACGCAUCGCCACGAAAUAACGGAACGAGUCCAAUAAUCAGAUCAGGCAUGGAAAUACUUAGCGGCGGUCACGCGAAAGAUCCGACCGGAUUGGCUGCGUACAAAGCAUCGUUACCUGGGUUCACUACUGGAAAUCCACUUUGUUGUCCACCCGGACUCGCAGAGAAUCCUGCAUUCAGGCCACCGUUUGCUGGCGCAUCACCGUUUUCUCAUCACCACGCCGCGGCCGCGGCCGCUCUUCUGGGCUAUCCAACAACCGCACCGUCGCCAGGCAACCCGUACCUUAGUUACGCUCGAGUGAAGACGCCAGCCGGCGGCGAAGCAUUCGUUCCAGUUUGCAAGGAUCCUUAUUGCACCGGUUGUCAAUACAGUGUUCACGGAGCCCAAUUGAUGAUGGGCGCUGGUGCGGGUGCCGGCGGUGCCGCUGGCACUGCUGGUGGUGGUGGAGGUGGUGGUGGUAGUGCCGCGAGUGCCGCGAGUGUUGCCGGCGGAGCCGCAUCCGUCUGUCCAGGUGGAUGUUCCCAGUGCGAUCAUCAGAAAUAUGGCCUGGCAAUGGCAUUGUCAUCGUUAGGUUCGAUGCCACCACCCCCGCUCGCAUAUCCCUCGUCGCUAACCGGUGGUAGGCCGUACGUGUGCAACUGGAUCGCUGGUGACUCCUUCUGUGGCAAACGAUUUUCAACCUCCGAAGAGCUCCUACAACAUCUCCGCAGUCACACGAAUCUAGCGGCUGCAGCGGCGGCGGCGGCCGCGGCAGCUGGUGCACAGGAACCUACAAGUCUUUUAGCAAAUCCUCAUCCCCAUCCGCUUCUCUCGCCCUCGGCGGCGGCCCUCCACCGUGCAAGCGGUGCCUCCUAUCCCGCACCCUCUCUCAGUCCUCUCGGUGCGAGAUAUCACCCUUACGGUAAACCACCCACUGCACCUUUACCUGCAUCUCUCGCAGCUUCACCGUACAGCGCCUUUAAUGCGCUUGGUCCUUAUUAUUCGCCUUACGCGAUUUACGGACAACGGAUCGGUGCCGCUGUUCAUCCCUAAGCGGACAUUUUUUCUUUUUCUCAAUCUUACUCUCUACUCACUCUUUUUCUCCACUUUUCCCCUUUUUUCUUCCUCUUCCUUUCCUUUCCAUUAUUUGUACAUAGCGAAACGUGUAUGAUACAGAUCUAUUUAAGCAAUCCUUUUCCUUUCUUUCUAAAUAUAUAUGUAUAUAAAUAUAUAAAUAUAAAUCUAUAAAUAUAAAUAUAUAAAU